AAGCAAAUAUAUCAGAAUGCAGUCGUUUUUAAUCCUCCGCAUAGCACAGUCUACAAGGAGGCACAGGCAUUCCAGGAGCUCUUUGUUACCGUGCUUCAAGCAAUUCGUGACAAUAUCAUUAUUCCGCCACCUCAGGUCCCCCAAGAGAUGUAUACGCCCUCAUUGGCUUCCCUGUCUAAGCCGGGGUAUGUGAUAACACGCUCAUUACUGCAGGCAUUGUGAAUGUUUGAAUAGAUUAUGAUGUUUUUAUUGCUUUCUAGCAUCGCCAAUACCCAUUAUUGAGUUCAAAAUUACUACAUGAUCUCAUUUAGGCCACUCUAUCUUUUUCGAACGCAUAACGUCCGUGAGAUGGAUCGUAAAAUGACUGAUCUUUCCAUUGAAUUAUACGCAACCUUUCAUCUGCCUCUUUUGCAGAUCGCGCUGAGUUCUACACCACUAUCUCCAGAGAUGCCAAAGUUUACACGGCUAUAUAUCACUAAAAACAGGAGUUUAUUGCAUCAUUGCCGUGAUGAGCCCUAUGCGAAGAUUGCGAUCUUGGUUGAUUAUCAUGCAGGCAAGCCAUUCAUUGCCGAUGCUCAGACAACCCCUAUUGGCGUAAUAAAGCCAGGCUCGAGAGUGGUGCAGAUCAAAGCGCGUGUAAUCAUUGCCAAGCCUAUUGGGGAUCGCCAUGAGAUGGUUACUGUGGGAGAUCUCGAUUGCCCAAGUGCCUGGAUUAUGAUAGCAUGCGUCAAAAUUGUAGAUAUUGACGUGAAUGUCCCCGCCAAGUUCGAAAGAGGCACUCUAAGCAAACUUCGCCAUGAGAUAUUUGCUCUUAGCGGAAGCGCUCGACUCACUCCUGAGGAGGAGAGUGCAUUUUCUGCGGCCUUAGGAAUUGCGCCACCAAAUGUAGUUGAGCACAAGCUGGAAGAAUCUAUUGCUGAUACAGAAUCCUUGAGUCAAUCUACUGCUGUAUCGAGCCCAACAGUCCUCGCGCCUGCUUCUUCUUCCUCUUCUUCCUCAUAUGAUCAACAAUCGGCUCAAGCAGCAAAAGCGCCCACUAAGACGAUAGAUACCAUACUACCAGAAAUAAGUUUAAGCUCAUUUCGACAUGCACCUUUGGCACUGGAUAAAGAGAGCGCUGCUAAAACGGAUCCUACACAUCAAGAAUCAUCUGAGAAAUCUCCUCCUCCCCCUAUUCCUACAUCACCUUCAAUGCCUCUGAGUCACGUAAAUGUCCCACUAUCUUCAGUUCAGGCGCCCACACAAACCAUGUCUUUACCUUCAAAGGACAAACUUGCACCAAAACGGUUGGAGCUUAAUCCUGAAACAAAUCUCCAUGAAUCAGAGCUGUCGAGCGAACAAAUAUCGCUAAGAGCCCUUUCAACACGUGAGAUGCAGUUAUUACGGGAUCUAAAAGUGGUCUCUCAAGAAAAAGAUGUACCGUACGUCUCCUGGAACUCGAUUGAGCCAAGCUUGACAGUGGACUCUGCUCACGGCUUGUUUAAGAGAAUAUACCAUGUUCAAGGCGACGACAGCCUUGUCGUUCAAAACUUUAAGGAGAUGGACGCCGAGUCAUUUGAGCAACGAGUCCGUGAGGUGGCAUGCUUAUUGAAGUUGCGUGGUUUGGAAGGAGUUGGCCAGAUUCAGUCAAUCAUUGACGACGAGAGGGAGCAACUUGUUGGCCUCUCAAUGACAAAAUAUGCAUAUACACUGAAGACAUAUGCUACUAGUGCAAGGAACCCUCCGAGCGCAGAACAAAAGCUAUGUGUCAUUCGAGAUAUGGUUGCAGCACUCGCUUCUAUCCACAGCGCCGGUCUAGCCCAUCGCGACCUGAGUGAAGUUAAUAUUAUGAUUGAUGAGGAUCCAGUAGCAAAACUGGCAGAUGAAACACCUCGCCCACUAGUCCGUGUUAUUGAUUUCGGAAAAUCUGUCUUUGUUGAGCGAGAAGAGGUUAUAAAAUGGAGCAUGAAAGAAGCGGUGCCUGAGGAGGAGCUGGAUCUUCUUCCCUUAGUUGUUGUUCCACCUGAUCAUGGAUAUAAGCUCUACAGAUCGAUCCUGACGCUACCACGGUCUAAAUUUGACCAUGGACCUCUUCCACCUGUGGAUCCUCAAUUAGAAGACGUGUAUUCAAUGGGAGUCCUGAUCUGGAGAGUAUUUAGCGGCCAAUCGCCAUGGAGCGGCGUGAUUGAAGACGACCUUACGAAGAUUCGAUAUUUUGUCGGGACUGAUAAACAAAUCAGGUUCCAGUUGCAGCGUGAAGUAAUCGGGGAGAUGUCACGGGAGCUGCUGCUAAAGUGUUUGACUGCAGAUCCAGCGACACGAUGGAGUGCUCAGCAAUUGAAUGAGUGGCUUCAACGGCCGGAAGUCUUGAAAAAGCUGCUAGAAGAGUUCAAAGCCAGCGGUGGAGGGCGUAAAAAGAGGAGCACAAGGAAGGACUGAGGGGGAAACAUAAAUAGCUCCAUUUUUUAUUACUAUAAUCUUGGAGGAUAAAACUUUGGAGCGAAAUGGAGAGAACCAGAGAUAUAAGCAACCCCCAUUCAUGAUUUUUCGUUACUUUACUAGAAUAUAAUCUCAAUCAUCAAGGGACCCAUUCUUUUCUUUUUCAUUUUUUUCUUCCUUUUUUUGUUGUUUUCCCCUUUCCUUUAUUCUCGUUUCUUUUUUCUUUUUUCUUUUUUCUCUCCCUUGUUCUUUCUUUUCUUCUUAUGCAAUCCAUGUUUCUAUUAACUUGUAAUAAAAUAUAAUAUUUGGUUUAAAAU